AUGGAAUUGGUCAACCAAUCUGCUGUUGCAGAGUUUGUCUUAUUGGGGCUGUCAGAUCAGCCAAGACUUGAGAAAACUUUCUUUGUACUCAUCUUGUUUAUGUACCUGGUGAUCCUACUGGGGAAUGGGAUUCUCAUUCUGGUGACUGUGUUCGACUCCCACCUGCACACACCAAUGUACUUUUUCCUGGGGAACCUUUCCUUUCUGGACAUCUGCUACACAACCUCUUCCAUACCUCUAGUCCUGGAUGGUUUCCUGACUCCCAGGAAAACCAUUUCUUUCUCAGGCUGUGCUGUGCAGAUGUUUCUAUCCUUCGCCAUGGGAGCCACGGAGUGUGUGCUUCUGGGCAUGAUGGCAUUUGAUCGCUAUGUGGCCAUCUGCAAUCCUCUUCGGUAUCCUGUGGUCAUGAGCAAGGCUGCCUAUGUGCCCAUGGCUGCCGGCUCCUGGUUGGCCGGUGGAACCAACUCCAUAGUGCAAAUUUCCCUGGCGGUACAGUUGCCCUUCUGUGGGGACAACGUUAUCAACCACUUCACCUGUGAGAUCCUGGCAGUUCUAAAAUUGGCCUGUGCUGACAUCUCCAUUAAUGUGAUCAGCAUGGGGGUGGCCAAUGUGAUCUUCCUGGGGGUCCCAGUACUGUUCAUCUUUGUCUCCUACAUAUUCAUACUCAUCACCAUUCUGAGAAUCCCCUCAGCUGAGGGGAGGCGAAAGGCUUUCUCCACUUGCUCUGCCCACCUCACUGUGGUGGUCAUUUUCUAUGGGACUAUUCUUUUUAUGUAUGCAAAGCCUAAAUCAAAGGAUCCCCUAGGAGCAGACAAGCAAGAUGUUUCAGACAAACUCAUCUCCCUCUUCUAUGGGGUGCUGACUCCCAUGCUCAACCCGAUCAUCUACAGCCUCAGAAACAAAGAUGUCAAAGUUGCAGUGAAGAACCUAGUAAGUCAGAAAUGCUUCACCCUGUGA